CAAUCACAAGCAUCUCCCCAACCAUAAAUCUCCCAAAAACCCUAUUAAAAACUCUAAAAUCAUCUUCAUCCUCUUAAAUCUCACCUUCUUAUUCAUCAAAAAAAUAGCAAAAAAGACAACAACAACUCGCCUAUCUGUCUUUUGAAGUUUCAACCCAAGUUUUGUUUAUUAUUUAUAGAAUUUUAUUUUCUAAAAAUGGAUUUGUCCUUAAGAAAAUCAAUAUCCUUACCUUUCAAACACCAUAGUUGUCAAAAAAUCCCUUCAUUUUCCUCAUCCUUCUUGGGAGAACACCACCCCAUUCUCCCUCAUCAUCAUCAUCAUCAUCAUCACCACCUCAACGACGACGGCGAUGCUACCGGCCACCCCAUGACCUCCAGUGGCCACCAAGUCAUCGUUAAUAUUGAUCCCUCAAACGACCUUCAAACCAAAACACCUCAAAAUAAUAAUGGUAAUAUCACCUCCUUGUAUAACAACAAUAACAACAACAACAACAAGGAAGAAAAAGAGGAGAGCUUCUCCACCACCCCCACCACCUCCAUGGACUUCUCUUUUAGAAGAACAAUGGUGGACCCCACGUCGUCGUCGUCGUCGCCACCGUCCGAGUUAAUUCUAGGUAAGUUCUUAGAGCAUGAACAACAAAGGGUAUCAGGAGAUAUGUCUCUAGAUAUUGAUCAUGUGGACGUACCACAUCACCAAUUAAUAAACCCUAAUGAAAAUAAUAACAAUCAUAAUAUUAUCAACCAUCAUCAUAUUCGACGUCAAGGUUUAUUACAAGGUCUUCCACCUUUACCACCAGAUUGUAUGUCAAGGCAAAGCUUAAGUCGUUGUCAAAGCGACGUACAUAGUCCAGAUGUUGCAAGUGCUAAUACUAGAUUGACUCAUAUUUUGAACACCCAUAGUAAUAGUCACAAUAGUAAUAAUUACAUGGAUGGGUCAAGGGAGGCCCGGGUUUCUUUUCAAGAGUCAUUUGAUUCGGACCCGCAUCGCGUCCAUGAUGUCCAUGAUGAUGAUGAUGAUGGUGAUGAUGAUGAUAGUGAUGAUGAUGAUGAUGAUGUAUCCACCUCGAAGGCAAGUGAUGUUCAUCUACGUCAUGAUCAUGUCCAAGAUGAAGAACAUGGAGGCUCAGCAAGGAUAAUGAUGGGAGAUCAUGGAAUGCAUGUACAUAGGAGGAAAUCUAGAACCUCUAGUAAUGCUAAUUACAAGGAUAUGAACCAUAUUAGUAAUAAUAACUAUGAGUUUUUUAGAGGAGAUGAUCAUCAUGCAGAAGUUGUAAGGUGUACCUCUAAUAAUUCUUCUUCAAGGAAAAUGUUGAGUAGUGGUGUAACCAUAAGUAAGACCAAGUCUAGGCUUAUGGAUCCUCCAGCAACUCCAUUAGAUCAACGUUCGACGUCGGGGAUUAUACCUAAAUCAGGGCAGAUCAUGUCCAAUAAUACUAAAUCAGGUAUGCUUGGAAAAUCGUCGAAUACGCUUGAUGAAGAAGAAGAUGAUCCUUUCUUGGAGGAUGACUUUCCUGAUGAGUUUAAGGCAGGACAAAUUGGUACUUUAGUUGUUCUUGAAUGGGUAAGCCUUGUUAUACUCAUAGGUUCUUUAGUUUGUAGCCUAAUUAUUCCUGUUUUGAGGCCUAAAACUAUAUGGAAGCUCAAAUUAUGGAAAUGGGAAGUUUUUGGUCUUUCUUUAGUUUGUGGGAGACUAGUUUCUGGUUGGUGGAUUAAACUUCUUGUGUUCUUCAUUGAGAGAAAUUUCUUACUUAGAAAGCGAGUUUUAUAUUUUGUUUAUGGUUUAAAGAAGGCGGUACAAAAUGUUAUUUGGUUAGGGCUUGUUCUUUUAACUUGGCAUUGUAUCUUUAAUAGACAAGUUCAAACAAAUGAAAAUAGUGAGCCUCUUAAGAUUGUCACUAAACUCGUGGUUAUAGGUGAAGUGGGUGCUGUUUUAUGGUUAUUAAAGACAUUAAUGGUUAAAGUUCUCGCAUCGAGUUUUCAUGUGAAGGCCUUCUUUGAAAGGAUUCAAGAGUCAUUGUUCAAUCAAUUUGUGAUUGAGACACUUUCUGCACCUCCUUUGUUCGAGUUAAGAAGUACUCAAGAAGAAGAAGAGAGGGUAAUAGAUGAGGUACAAAUGCUACAAAAUGCAGGCCUCAAUAUUCCUCCUGAACUGAAAGCAUCUGUCUUCUCAAGAACUAAAAGUGGUAUAGCUUUGCAGCACUUGAAUAGCCAAGGUAGUAAGACUCUUGGGGCGGCGGCCGCCUCGACGCCGCCCUUUAAAAGUCCCAUAAGACAAAGUAUAGGAUAUUCAGGGCCAAUUGGUAAGAAAUAUCAUGAGGAGGGGAUCACUAUUGAUCGUUUGCAUAAGCUAAAUCAACAAAAUGUGUCUGCAUGGAAUAUGAAGAGACUAAUAAGGAUUGUGAGACAUGGGUUUUUGACUACCUUGGAUGAACAUAUAGAGAAUACUAAUGGUGAAGAUGAGUCCGCCACACAAAUUAGGAGUGAGGUUGAAGCCAAAGCUGCUGCAAGGAAAAUUUUCCGCAAUGUUGCAAAGCCACGGUCUAAGUACAUUUAUUUGAGUGACCUUAUGCGAUUUAUGCAAGAAGAUGAGGCUUUAAAGACCAUGAGUCUGUUUGAAGGAGCUUCUGAAGCUGAGAGAAUAAGCAAGUCAUCCCUGAAGAAUUGGGUGGUGCAUGCAUUUCGGGAGCGAAGAGCACUUGCUUUAACUCUAAGUGACACAAAAACAGCAGUUAACAAGCUUCACAAGAUUGUGGAUGUUAUAGUGAGCAUAAUCAUGCUUUUGAUUACGUGUAUCGCUCUUAGCAUCAUAACCCCAAGGUCCGUCGUAUUUUUAAGCUCUCAGGUCGUUGUUGUGGCAUUUGUUUUUGGCAACACUUGCAAGAACGUCUUUGAAUCCAUCAUCUUCUUGUUUGUUAUCCAUCCCUUCGACGUCGGUGAUCGUUGUGAGAUUGAUGCAGUUCAGAUGGUUGUGGAAGAGAUGAACAUUUUGACAACUGUUUUCUUAAGGUACGACAAUCAGAAGAUCAUAUACCCAAACUACAUUCUCUUGUCAAAACCCAUCCAUAACUUCUACCGUAGCCCUGAUAUGGGAGAUGCUGUCGAAUUCUGCCUUCACCUUGCUACUCCUCCCGAAAAAAUUGCUCUUAUAAAACAAAGAAUAACAUGCUAUAUCGUAAACAAGAAGGAACAUUGGUACCCAGAUCCGAUGAUAGUAUUGAAAGAUGCAGAGAGUUUGUAUAUGUUGAGAAUAGCAGUUUGGGUGACACAUAGAAUGAAUUUCCAAGAUAUGGGAGAAAGAUGGGUAAGACGUGCACAUUUAGUAGAAGAAUGUAUUAAGAUUUUUAGGGAACUAGACAUUGAAUAUCGCACGUAUCCGGUGAAUGUUAAUGGCAUGCCACCAAUGUGUUUCCCUCCUCCUACAUGGGGUGCUGAUCCUUACCUUGCUGAAGGCGCGAAAGAGGUGGUUCAUAAUUGAAGAAGUUACGUUGAUAGCAUUAGUUACAAGUUUUGGUUAGUUUUAACCUUUGAAUUGAUCAAUGAUUGUUGUGUAGAAGUAGCUAGAAUAGUGGAAGGGAUGGUUUUUGGACUUAAUUUCUUGUUGUAACUAACUUUUGUCAUUCCUUGAGUUUGUAUAGUGAUGUUGUUCAAUUCCUUCUGUUUUUCUCCUCUUCUUUUUUGUGUUUACUGUUGUUUGGAGGCACUUGCAUAUUCUCUUGUUUGUAAUUCUUCUAUUUGGCAAACAUAUAGCGUACGUAGCUAUUCUCUCUACACAAAUUAUCUACAAAGACUGCCUAACUUUAAUAUUAAAGUUAGACCAGUCCAGGCCCAAUUCUAAUAGAGAAGCCCAACUUGCGUCAUUUAACCCAGCGACAUUCUGUUAUCCCCAACCCCAACCCAGCGACAUUGACAUUCUGUUACUAAAAAAAAAUCCUUUCUCUUUCUCUCUCUUCCCCCUCCAAAUUUCGUUCAUCUCGCUCUUCGGAUGCUCGUAUAACUACAAUUACAUGAAUAUUAUCAUCAAUUAAUUCAAAUUUUGAGAAUUUUUUUUUUUCAGAUCUUGAGAAUUAGGUAUUUCAAUUAGCAAGCAAAGUAAUUCUUCUGCAAUUGUGAAUUUGUUGUUGUCAAUUAGGGUUUUAUUUUGUUGCAGAUUGAUUCGUACGGGUAGAAAUUCGCUGAUUUAUACACGCCAAUUCUUUUCUAAUGAAUUGUGAAAGAAGAAUUGAAUUGAAAUCGGUGAGCCGACGGUGUCGAGGUUUGUUCUUUCAAAUUUUCGCGCUGAAUAUCUUAUUCGAUUGUUUUCUGAGGUGAUUUCCCAUUCACAUUCUUUUAAUCUUUGUUAAUUAGGUUUUUUUUGAUAUUAUGCUGAUGCUGUUUAUUUCACCCUCGAGGAUGGUGUUCCUCAGCAAGAUUCAAGGUUACAAUUUUAUUUUUUUAUUAGUUUAGGAUUUAAUUGUGAUUAAUUGCUGAUAAUUCCAGUGAAUUUGUGUGCAUAAGGUUUUUUAGUAAUGGUUUAUUGGUGUUCAAAGGAAAUCAAUUCAAAAUCAGAUUAUUGAUAUUAUGAGAUUCUUAUCUGCAUAAAACUCUCUAAUUGAACACAAGAUGCAGCAUAUAAGAUUAUUGAUAUUAUGAUUCCUUUCUUAUCAGGAGAUGUGAUGAAAAUGAACAGGUAAGGAAGAUUGUGGAGAAUGGCUAUAAGCGUGAUCUCGGUGCUGUUGAGGCUUUGUUUGCUAACCUUGAUGUUGCUGAUUUACAAUCUUAUUCCAUAGAUCCCACUACAUCAAGCGCUUCUACAGUCACCGUUUUGAUCCUCAUCAGUGCAAACCUAAGGGAAGAAGUGUGAGGCCCAAAUUAGGGCUUGAGAAAAGUCGAGGCGGUAAAGCUGUUGUUGCUUCUAAUGCACCAAAGGAGUUUGGUUCUUACACUCUCCUGCUAGAUUGUUGUAGUUUCUUGGAAGAUUAUAGUGGUCACAAAAUGAUUUAUGUUGGUGACAGAAUGGUUUUUGUGGGUCAGUUAUUAAUUUUUUGACAUUGAGGAAUCCACACAUGUAAUCAGAUUGACAUUUUUGUUAGUGAUUAUGGUAAAUGAAAUAUAUUUUUUCUUUCCAUUUCUUAAA